CUGCAGGACACAUUCAGAUCCCAGUAUCAUCCGGACGGGACGCAUCAGCGCCCUCUCUAUCUGUCUGUAUUGUGGAUUUAGACUUUUUAUACUGAGCUUCAGCAAGGACAACAGGCGUUUAAAUGCCAUAUGCCUAGCAUAAAAAGUUAUUUUAAUUUUUUUUCAGAAUUUUUGGAUUCCUUUUUGGUUUUGAUGAUCACUUUUAAUACAUGGAAAUGAUCUGACCAUGUCAUAAAUGCACUUUGUUCAUAAGAAGAACCUCCAUCCAUUAUCGCUGGAUAUAUAAAUGAACGAGCUGUCAGAGAUGCUGGUGUCCAGGGAUUAUUGUGCGCUCAUGAUGCGGGAUCGGAAGGAAUGCGACCCGCGCUCUCGGGAGAAGGCGGACGGUGAAGUGGAGCGGGUUCGAACCCGGGAGCGUCUGGACGCGACUGUAGCGGGUCUGACCGAAUUGGAGUAUCUGAGACAGAGACAGGAGCUGCUGGUCAGGAGUGUGUUGAACUGUCAGGAGGUUGCAGGAGAGGACAAACCCUGCCUUAUAGUGGAGGACAGCUAUCUGAACACUGAAGAGAAACUUCUGGAGGAGAAUAUUUUAUUGCUCAGAAAACAGUUGAACUGCCUUCGGAGGCGAGAUGCAGGUUUGAUCAACCAGCUCCAGGAAUUAGACAGACAGAUCAGUGACCUGCGGUUGGACACGGAGACUUCGCAUGAACAUGUGGAAACGGACAGCCGGCCAAGUUCAGGCUUUUACGACCUGAGCGACGGUGCUUCAGGAUCCCUCUCCAAUUCCUCCAACUCUGUCUUCAGCGAGUGUUUGUCCAGUUGUCGUUCCACCACCUGCCUCUGCACCCCCCUUGACACCUCGCUCUGUGCCUCCGAGGGAAGGCUUAAGCCUGCAGAUGAGCUGGGUAUUUGUGCCGAGUGUGAUUGCCAUUGCGAAGACUCAAGUUGUGGAACAGUCCGCAGAUCUCUUUCUGCAUCCUAUUCCCCUUCCCCAGAAGGCUCCUGUGACGGCCUGUCCAAGUUCCACUGUGACCUCCUUGCCAAAAACGGUAAUGACGUUUACCGGUACCCUAGUCCUCUCCAUGCGGUGGCUGUCCAGAGCCCCAUCUUCUUUCAAUCCUUGACUAGUCACCUAAAGGACGAUUGUAACUUUUCCAAACCUGGUGAAGCAUCAAGUGAUGAACAGAAACCUGAGCAGGUCGUGGGCAACCAUGCCUCUCAAACACUCCCAAAUAAAAAACUGGAUAGUUAUAUCUUUGGGCUACUUCAGAGGAGGGCUCAGCCCUUGAGGACCAACAAACCCAGGACAAGCAUCAACACUGAUCCCUCUAAGAGCAUUUUAAGGCAGGCUAGUCUUUGCUCAAGGGCCCCUGCUGCUGUCCAGGCCCAGCAAUGGACCUCUGACCUCAAGCCUAACUGGCAGACGUGUUUACAAGAUGCCUCAGCAACUAGCACUGAGCCAAGCACAGCUUCGCCCCAAAGACAGUGGUCUGCUGACCCCAAGGGAGGAACCUUACAAAACGGAGCAUACUUUUCUCCAAGUCAGCCGCAGAAUGGUUACACAACCACCAAUGAUAAUAACAUUAGUUGCCUCUUGAAGAAGAACGUUUCUGGAGCCACUAAAGGCCAGCCGUUAAGUGUUGCAUCGAAGGACUGCCAGGAUCUAGGCAGCCCAAAUGCAGUUUCCUCUCCAAAACUCAACAAGCAUUCUUAUUACACUGUGGAGGACAAUAAAUCUGGACAAGUAAUGAAAGCAAGUCCUCUUAAGAGGAGUCCUAAGACUCAGGCUCCAGCAAGUUGUGGUAAAGAUGCUGAACAUCUGGCUCCAGAGUUGCACAGCCUCGGUUCUUCUUCACAAAGUCAAGAUGAGGGAGGUCAACUGGUUAGCGCCCAGUACAUCCCUGCUCAGAAACAGAAUGUAAAUCUCCGCAAAGGUGGCACCAAGAACAUCAAGAUUGUCAAGGUGAAAAAUUCCACCAGUGGCAAAAGUAAACCUCAUGUGUCUGAGCACAUUUCUGAGCCUGUUCGUGACAAGCAUCGGGCAGGAUCUAGAAGAUCUCGACAAGUGGACGAAGUCCACCACUUGCACAGGUCCUCCAAGAAGAGCUCCUCAAAAGCCAAGAGAAUCCCUGCCUCCAUCCCUGAAGGACGAAUCCUGGAGAAGCACACCAGUUCCACAGGAGGUCGAUCUUCUGCUCAGAGGCACCACGGACAUCAUCGGCAUCACGAGGCGGUGUUGGCCAAGCCCAAGUACAAGCGCAACGACUACCAUCGGCGCCCGAGGGGUCUCCACGAGAUCCCCUACGAGGAGGCUUUCAAGAGAGCCCACCGUAGGCAGAAAAGAGAAAUGCUGGGCAACAUGUCUGCCAUGUACCUGCCAUCUAACGCACACUACACUAGCCCCUACGCCUAUGUGGGAAGCGACUCUGAAUAUUCGGCCGAGUGUGCAUCACUCUUCCAUUCCACCAUUCUGGACACAAGCGAGGAUGAGCGCAGUAACUAUACCACCAACUGUUUCGGAGACAGCGAGUCGAGUGCUAGCGAGGCGGACUAUGUAGCUGAGAGCAGCACUAGCAGUGACUCUGAGGGCAGUGCAGGGGUCAACUGGCCCCAAUUCAACCAGGCAGGAUCCCACGGAAUGACGUCAGCACAGGCGAAGGCAUUUGUCAAAAUCAAGGCUUCCCAUAACUUGAAGAAGAAGAUCUUACGUUUCCGAUCAGGCUCGUUAAAACUCAUGACCACAGUGUGAGACUUGAGGAACACUGAGAACAGAUGCAACCAAUCAAAUUGGCUUCUCUCCCUUAUCACACAAUCAAGUGCCUAGACAGAAAUCAGCUGCACGGCCUAAAACUGCCUGUCGGACAGCUGGGAGCUCAACUUCUGUCCAGCACAUUGCCUUCCCCUGCACUUUUUACCCCUUUGAUGUCAUUGUCUGUAGCUUUUUUUUACUUUUUGUUUUGUAUUUAUUAUAAAUUCAGCUUUUGCUGUGAUGCAUCUGCAUAGCAAGUACUAUGUAAAUGCAUUGUUCAUACAUGGUUUACUUUUUUAAAGAUAUUUAUAACUUAAUAUAUUUGUUUAGCCAUACAUGGAAAUGGAAUAGGAAGUAUGACUGAGCUGAAGCAGAAGCGAGAAGUGUCCAGUGCUACCAAGACUAGUUCACCUGCUGAUCGUUAAGGGCUUUUGUUAAAUGCACAUUAAAUAUGCAUGAGCAACAGCUUCACCAUUUACCUUAUUAGCUGUAAAUUACCCUUUUGUAAAAUAAAUGUUAAUGUAUGUUGAUUUCUUGUGUCUUUUUAUUCUUUAUUAAAUCCCAUUGUUAAAAUCA